GGGUUUAAAGACUGUUGAGUAGAAAACACUGAGGCGCUUGUCCAUUGAUGUAGAGCAGGCUGUCAGAGAGCACCAGCAAGAUAAAACUUGUUAGUACGGAUUAAACUGAUAUCUGCCCGCUCUGCUGACGGCAGAUCCGCCUGCACUUUUCUAAAAUCUCCCAGCUGUUUGUGCAGAAAGUGAACUGUAGAGCCUUUUACUCAGUGCUGCGAGAUAAUCUGUAAUUGCUUGUUGAGCAACACCUCAGGUCAAUGCACAUUAUGGCACAUGUGAUUCAUUCUAGUGAAACUUCUGUUUGUCCUGCAUCCAGAAAUCUCCAUGUUCUCUGGGUUUACCCGUAGCAAACUCUCACACAACCCAAACCCCCAACCAUUGGAAGGAGGCAGUGCUCAUUACAAUUAUUUUCCUUCUGGCUCAUCAGUGAUAGGCUCUCCUCUUCACCAUAUUUAUGCUUUUCUUAUCUGUUUCUCUUUCCACCCAUGCUAAUCGACAGUGGCUGCCGGCCAGUAAAAGUCCAGAGUGAGUGACUGAGGGGCGGUGGAGGAGGAAGUAAAGACAGAAGCAGAGGAGACAGAAAGAAAGCUGCUGGAAAAGGUGCACAACUGGAACUUGGUACUGCUGCAUAAUGGGUUACAAAGCGACAUCCAUGCAUUGUGUCUUAAGAUGCCUGUGCUUCAUGCUUCUCCAUUUGUUUAACGCAGCUCAAGAUGAAGACAUAAGAAGUUGCAGGACGGCACCAUGUGAUUUGGUCUUCAUCUUAGACGGCUCAUGGAGUGUCGAAGAUGUCAAUUUUGAAAUAGUAAAGAAAUGGCUGGUCAAUAUUACAUCGUCCUUCAAUAUUGGGCAGAAGUUCACCCAGGUGGGAGUGGUCCAGUACAGCGAUGACCCUGUUUUGGAAAUCCCUCUGGGGAAGUUUGCCUCAACCAAAAACCUCAUCGAAGCAAUGGAGUCCAUCGAGUACAUGGGGGGGAACACGAGGACAGGCACAGCCAUUAAGUUUGCCAUGGACAAACUCUUUGACCUCUCUGAACGCAGCCCACUGGGCAUAUCCAGAAUCGCUGUUGUCCUCACAGAUGGGAAGUCUCAAGAUGAGGUUCUGAAGGCAGCGGAGGCUGCUAGGAAAAAAGGAGUAAUUCUCUUUGCUAUCGGUGUUGGGUCAGAGACGGAGGAAGCCGAAUUGAGGGACAUUGCGAACAAGCCAUCCACGACCUACGUCUUCUCUGUCGUGGACUAUAAAGCUAUUUCCAGGAUCAUACAGGUGAUACGACAGAAACUGUGUGAAGAGACCGUCUGUGCCGCAAAAAUUCCUGUAGAUUCCCGUGACGAGAAGGGUUUCGAUAUCUUGCUGCAUUUAAAUUUGGCCAAAAAGGCAAAGAAGACACAAGGAGCCUAUUAUGGCGUUAAGGCCUAUGAGGUGACGCCUCGUCUGGACCUGAGUGAAGCCACAAGGUCUCUCUUCCCUGACGGUCUCCCUCCGUCCUACGUGUUUGUGGCCACUCUGAAGUACAAAGGCUCAGUAUUAGCUGAGUGGUGGGACCUCUGGAGAAUACAAACAUGGGACGGAAAAACACAGAUGGCCGUGACUCUAAAUGGGAUCGAUCGCACCGUCAUGUUCACCACCACCAGCAAAUCACCAGAAGGAACGCAGACGGUUACAUUUAGGCAGCUGACAGGAAAGCUGUUUGAUGAGAAAUGGCACCAGCUGCGACUGCUGGUCACUGAGGAGGAUGUUACUCUUUACAUUGAUGACCUGCUGAUAGAGACUCUGGCCUUGGAGGCCCCCGCUGGCAUCUUCAUCAGUGGAAAGACCCAAGUCGGAAAAUAUUUCCGAAAAGAGACGACAGUCCCUUUUGAAAUUCAGAAGCUACGUAUAUAUUGUGACCCGGAGCAGAACAACCGAGAGACUGCAUGUGAAAUACCAGGAGUUUGCUCCAACAGUCCAGAUUAUACGGAACCGACACAGGAGCCGUGCAUUUGUCCGCCUGGACCAGCUGGACCUCCAGGAAUGAAGGGUGAACAAGGGAUUACUGGCUCUCCUGGUCAGCCUGGACCUUAUGGUGCUGAUGGUAAGCCUGGUAUCCCUGGGGUUAGAGGAAGUCCUGGGUUGCCAGGUCCACCAGGAAUUCAGGGACCACGUGGCCAACAUGGGUAUAAGGGAGAGCAAGGGAGUCCCGGUGUUUCGGGUGAAAGAGGGAUGCCAGGAUUAACAGGACCUCCAGGACUGCUAGGAGAGAAGGGCUCCAUGGGAUUCCCAGGGACUGCAGGGUUACCAGGAAAACCUGGCCAAGUGGGUGAAAAGGGAAGAAUGGGGCCUCCUGGACUACGCGGUUAUUCGGGCCAACCUGGUCUCCUGGGGAGAGAUGGAAAAAAUGGACUUCCAGGAAGUCCCGGCCAAAAGGGAGAAGCUGGUGCCAGUGGCAUUUCUGGUUCUGAUGGAAGAGCAGGCCAUCCUGGUGAACCUGGAUUACCAGGACCUUCAGGUCUUGAUGGACAAAAGGGAGAAUCAGGUUUGCCCGGGCCAAAGGGCUUUAAAGGAUCACCUGGACAAUCUGGUGAGGCUGGUUUACCUGGUUUACCUGGUAUGAUGGGAUCAAUCGGACCAAAGGGGAGCAAGGGGGAAAGAGGAAGUCCUGGUUUACAAGGAACGCAGGGCUCUGCGGGGACUCCAGGACAACCAGGAACUUCGGGUCAGCCCGGUCAUCCUGGCAUGCCUGGCCUGAAGGGCAUCAAGGGUCUGAGGGGAAAUUCAGGUGAAAGAGGAGAGAUGGGAUACAAAGGUGAAAAAGGGGAACCUGGCCGGCAAGGGAAUCCUGGCUCCAUCGGCUCAGUGGGACCAAAAGGAGAGAAAGGGACAGCAGGAGACCCCGGCCAGAGAGGUCAAGAUGGCCAAAGGGGCAGCCCUGGACAGCCAGGUCAUUCAGGCCAACCUGGCCCGAGGGGACUACAGGGGGACACCGGUCUACCGGGGCCACCUGGUCUACCAGGAAUGGAAAGCAGAUCUAUGACUGACCUGCCUGACAGUCACAUUCGACAAAUCUGCAUGGACAUUCUGCGAGCUGAGCUACCUGUGCUGUUACUGAACAACCAGCAGACUAGCUGCUCAAGAUGCCAAAGCCGGCCUGGCUCUCCCGGUCCUCCAGGUCCACCUGGACCUCUUGGACAAAGGGGUCUUCCUGGACUCAGUGGGUCUAGAGGUCAGCCUGGUCUUCCAGGUCGGCCAGGUCAUCCUGGCAUUAUUGGGCUCAAAGGAGAACCAGGUUUCAAAGGUGAGAAGGGCAGUCCUGGUCGAAAUAAGAUUGGAGACCCAGGCCCACCUGGGCCACCAGGUCCAGUGGGUCCACAGGGAUACAGCCAACCUGGUCCUCCAGGUAAGCCAGGAUCUCCAGGUCUAAACGGAGCAGAAGGUAAAAGUGGUAACCCUGGCAUCCCUGGGUCGCCUGGGGUGUGUGAUCCCUCCAUGUGCUAUGGUAGCAUGAUGAGGCGGGAUCCUUACAGCAAAGGACCAGCCUACUGACAUGGUAACUGCAGGCACCAUCACCAGAGUUGAUGUGGAUCAAACAGCCAUUCUCAGGAAAAUCUCAUCUUUACAGUUUCUGUCAUGGGAACAAAACGGACCUCUUGUGACACCUUCUAAGUGAUUUUAGACAGACGACGAACUUCGUAUCACAAUUUGUCCAAUAGUUUUUUGUUUUAUUGUUUUUGUUUGAAUUACAGCUUUGAACGAACCUAAUUAAAUGCUUAACAAAAGUGACUCCCCUUCAAACCUGCCCUCUGAUAUGCCUGGACUCAUAUAAAUCGGUUUGGCUAUAAGUUUGACCAUAAUACCCCCUAGUGUUUGUUGUAUGUUACUGCCUAAAAGUUCACAGGAAAUGAAGACGGUGCUAUGAAAACAGUGUCAUGAAAACAUCAACCAUGUAUAACUUUCGCGUUCGUUAAUUUUAACCUAACAACUUCAGAAAUCACAAUGUUUAAACGUUAAACUGUGAGUUUGAUUUCCUGUGGCUGAUUACGUGCUGCUGUAAGCCUGUGUUUUUCUAAUUAAACCUUUAACUCUUUACGAAAGACUUUUAUACAAGUUAAUACUGCUAACAUGUUUUUUCUUCCCUUAUUUGAAAUUCAUCCAUGUGUUAUUUUAUUUUAGUCAUAAAAUAUGAUGUUUGAUGUUUUACGUUCCUUAGGCAAACUUUUCAUUACUGUAGCAAGUCAUUUUGUUGUUAUUUAAAAAAAGUUCAACUGUAUUUCAUCAGACAUGCCAUGUUAAGUAACUUUAUAUAUUUUUCUGUGUGUUAAGCUUUUUUGAAUGCCUUUUUGUGUACGAUUCUUGUAUAAAAAAACCGACUUGGAUAAUCCUCGA